GCGAGGACACUAAAGCUAGGAUCUGAUGACUUGUCCAAGGCCUUUCAGAGAAGGGAAUGGAGGAAUACUUUCACCACUGGCGCAUCCCGAAAGGGACCCCCAAGAUGGGAAUUACAUCAUGCCAAACUACAAACUCAUUUAUUUUAAUAUGAGGGGGAGAGCCGAAAUUAUUCGUUAUAUAUUUGCAUAUUUGGACAUAAAGUAUGAAGACCACAGAAUAGAACAAGCUAACUGGCCUGAAAUCAAACCAACUCUUCCAUUUGGCAAAAUUCCCAUUUUGGAAAUCGAUGGACUUCACCUUCACCAGAGCCUAGCAAUAGCGAGAUACUUGACCAAAAGCACAGAUUUGGCUGGAAAAACAGAACUGGAACAAUGUCAAGUUGAUGCUAUUGUGGAUACAUUGGAUGAUUUCAUGUCACGUUUUCCUUGGGCUGAGAUAAAACAAGAUAUAAAAGAGCAGGUGUUUAAUGAGCUACUUACGUACCAUGCACCUCAUCUUCUCCAAGAUUUGGAAACAUACUUGGGGGAAAAAGAGUGGUUUAUUGGUAACUCUGUAACUUGGGCAGAUUUCUACUGGGAGAUUUGCAGUACCACACUUUUGGUCUUUAAACCUGACUUGCUGGACAUCCAUCCCAGGCUGGUGACAUUAAGGAAGAAAGUCCAAGCCAUUCCUGCCAUCGCUGGCUGGAUACAAAGGAGGCCCCAGACCAAACUCUAGGCGAUGCCUGCUGCCUCCAACUUCAGCAACGCUCCCAUCAGAUGAGUGACACCAGCCUGCCUUGGUCCACACACUCUCCUUUAACUUUGCUGCUAGCUAUUCACUCCACAAAUCACUGUCAGCAGGAUGCACAGCAUGGCCGAUGACCCAUGUCACUUCUUUCAAAGCCUGUUAGUGAUUGCUAGUUCACUGCAAAUGCUUGUUACUCAUGCCCAAAUAAAGUGUGUAGUGGCCUUGCCUGCUUCUGAAUGACAAACA